AUGGCUAUUUCAGCGCAUGAGUCCAUCCGCAACACUAUCGCCCGGUGGCCAUUGAUAAUGGACCAAAGAAUGCACGAAAAACUCCCCACCACCUUUAGCUCUGAUGCUAUUUUCCAUUAUCCCCCGCCUAUCGGAACUAUUCAGGGCAUCGCUGCUUUGACGCAGAUGCUCAAAACCCUAGAAGAUGUCAAAACUUACCAUUCUUUGGGGACGCAAAUUAUCCAAAUGACUAGUGCAACUACAGCGACAACUAUAACAUACUGUAUCGGGGUUCACGUGAGGACAGGAGAACAAGCAAGGAAAUCGAUGACAAUACUAGGACACUAUGAGGAUAGAUUAGUCAAGGAAGAUAUCGUUGGGGAGAGGGAAGUAGAUGAUGAUGGUUGGCGAAUUGUUGAGCGACGGGUGUUCCAUGAUAUCCCACCCACCGAAGGGCAACCAUUUCCUGCUCUGGCUUGA